AUGGAUCUGGGGUACUUCCCCCUCGCCUUCCCGCCCGGACUGGGCCGCGGGACCCCGCAGCCCCCCUACCCCCGGCGGGGGGACGGCGCCUUCCUGGCGCUGGGCACCGCGCCCGGCGCUGCGCCCCCCCCGCCCCCUGCCUGCGCGGGGUACGCGGCCGCCCCCCCCGCGGCGCCGGGCCCCGGCUACCGGCCGACCCGCGGAGCCGGGCCGCCGGGCUUCGCCACGUCCAUCUUCCCCGGGAGCGGCCGCCCGCCGCCGCCGGACCCCGCGGCGGCCCCGGCGGCGCCCCGCACCUUCGAGUGGAUGCGAGCGAAGCGGAGCCCGCCCGGGAGAAGCGGCGCGGCACCGUGCGGGGGGGAGCCUCCCGCCUGCCCCGCACGCACCAGCUUCAGCACCCGGCAGCUCACGGAGCUGGAGAAGGAGUUUCACUUCAGCCGGUACCUGUCGCGGGCCCGGCGCCUGGAGGUGGCCCGCUCGCUGCGCCUCCGCGACGCCCAGGUGAAGGUCUGGUUCCAGAACCGCCGCAUGAAGCAGAAGAAGCGGGAGCGGGAGAGAUAA